AUGGCAAUAAAAUUAGAACUAUUGGUGCUCUUUGCUGUUGUUGUAGCAAUUUCAUCAGCGGGUAACGUUCCGGCGGGAUUUAUACCACUGCCUCCUCUACCAGUUAGGACACCUCCGCCGACGAAACAGCCACCAAAACAGACAUUCGCUACCGCCUCCAAGAAACCGUUUACAACAAAGGCGCCAUACAAGCCUCCGACUACUCAAAAACCUGCACCAACCACAAAGAAAACGUUACCGACGACACAGAAACCUCUGCCGACGACACAGAAGCCUAUACCAACGACACAGACGCCGGCGCCUGUAAAUACAGCCCCAUCUAACUGCGGGUUAAACGUAAAUGUUCCCAAGGCGAACUGCAUCAAUGGAAAUGUGAACGUGCAACAGGCGUUGGAUGCUUUACGUCAGCAGCUUUCCGCGACGCGUCAGCAGCACCAAGCUCAGAACUCCGCCGUACAGAACAUGGUUAGCAAUCUACAGUCGCGCCAGUCCGGUUACUUGACAAAGAUUUCUGAUCUUCAGAGCGAGGUGCAGAACCUGGUUUCCGCCUUCAACAACAUUUGCACGCGGCGGCCAUCCUCUACCACUCCGCCUGCUACGGUGACAAUGGCCCCUACGACGAACACUCCCGCUUCAAGCGGUGUGUCCCAGUUGGCCUUCCUCCAGGCGAUACAAGCCGUCCGGAGCGACAUGGGCCGUGCUGUCCUGGACUUCAACAACAGGGUGUUUAAUGUGAAUACAGCUAUACAAAACCACGAGCAACAAGAGAUGACGGUACAUCAGGGUAUCGAGUCUAAGAUCCAGAAGCAGGCGAGCGACAUCGGCCGCCUCUCUCAGCAAGUGGCGUCACUCACCGGCCUUCUCGCGCAGCUCAACACCUCUUCCGGUCAGCCGGCCGCAGGUUCUACAGCCGCCGACGUCGCCAAGUUGAAGCAAGAUAUUGCGAAGGUAUCAGCGGACGUUCAGAAGUACGACCAGGCGCAGCAGGCCAAGGUCGCAAGCCUGUCUGUGAACUCGGGGGCGCUGGCGGCCCAGGUCGCCAAUCACUCGACAGACAUUACCAUCCUGCGCACAAACCUCCAGCUAGACCAGGCGCGUCUCCGUAACGUGGAAAAAGACGUGACACAGGUGCAUGACUCGCUCGCCAUCUUCCGCCAACAGAUUAACCCGCAACUCUCCAGCAUACAGAGUGAUGUGGGCACCCUGAAGGCGAACAUGUCCGCACUGGACCGGAAGGUUACGUCUAUCAACAAGAGCUCCUUCAACUUGUUCAACCAGUACACACAGGACAAGGCCUCACUUACCGGACUCGUCUCUCAGUCUACAAGCAUCCAAGGGAACCUGAGCAGCAUCCAGCACGAUCUGGGUCAGCAGACGCAGGAAAUUAAGAAUAUCCAGAGCGGCAUGGUCGCCCUCAAGGUCGCUAUUCCUAUCACCGAGCUGACAAAGAUGAACUCGUUACUAAAUAAUACCCUCGCCAACAACGGCACCUGGGCGCCACAGGAUAUCAUGGAUUUCCAGGCCGCCAUUACGUCCAUACAGACAAACCUACGGAGCCUUAAGCCCAACCUAGGGCCAUCUAGCGGAUAA